UCUUUGUGAAAAGUCAUGGUGCAUAUAAAACACACUAUUUCACUUUGGCUGAUACUGGCGUCAUCGUUUGGAAGCGAUUGUCUAUGCCGUGCCUUUGUUCCGAGAAGGGGCGAUCUUGUGUUAAAGUCUUAUAGUGUGCAUUCGCCACAACUCAAUUUCCAGCGCAGCGCCCUCUCUGUGCUUCCAGUAACGGAACUAGAAAAGAUUAAAAGAGUAUACUGCAUCUCUGAUCUCCAUACAGACCACAUUGAUAAUUUGAAAUGGUUGCGAAACCAAGUUUCUGGUUCAAGCCUCAAAGAAACUGACCUUGUUGUUGUUGCCGGUGAUAUUUCACAUGAAUACAAUCGCCUUACCGAAACCCUUCAAGUUUUGCGCCAGCGAUGUCAAGUUUUCUUUAUUGCCGGAAACCAUGAAGCCUGGCUCACAAAGGAGGACCCUCGGUCAUCCAUGAAAAAGCUGCAACUCGUCGAAGCGGUCUGCGAGAAAAUAGGUGUGCACACCAAGCCAAUUUAUGUAAACGGAAAUUACCCUCUGUGGAUUGCUCCUACACACUCGUGGUACGAUGGAACGUUAUCUUUUGACGAAAUUCUCAGCAAAGGCUUUAACGAAUGGCCGUGGGUUGACUUUGUGCGUUGCGAAUGGUCUCCAGAUCGGUUUCCAGCAUUUCCAAAGUCAUCAGGACGGGGAAGAAUACCACAAGGCUUAGUCGAACAUUUUCUUGAAUUGAAUGAACCCUUCCUCCAAUAUUUACAAGAACAAAUAUCCGCUGGGGAAGCUGUCCUGACGGUUUCGCAUUUUUUGCCCAAUAAACAAUGUCUUCCAGAUUGGUGCGACUUGAAAUCUUCCAGUUUCGAUGCAGGCGGGUGGCUCGAUCACGGUGCAGGCGGCAUGAGCGCCAAAUUUGCCAAGGUUGCAGGGUCGAAACUUAUUGACAACCAAUUGCGUUCUUUAAAAUUACCAGGGGCGACAAAACAUUUGCAUUUGUUUGGGCAUUCCCACCGUCCGAAGGACUUCACGUUUGAUGGUCUCCGUUAUAUCCACAACCCUCUUGGCAAACCAAGAGAGCGAGCCUUGCACAUGAUAUCUCCAAAUGUCAAUUUUCAACUUCUCUGGAAUACAAAAACGGGAGAGGUAGCGGGAAAGCCGGUGAUUUGUUACUGGGAGGAAGAAGGUGGGGGUGUUGAGAAACUUAGGGAAAGACUUGAAAAGAAUCGGCAGAAAGUUUCAUCCAGGCAAUACAAGGACGGUAUUUAGAUGGAAUAGGAAGAUUCACUGUCAGUUGUCUUGAGAAGCAGCAGAGAUGAAAGCAUUAACAGUCACAAGCACAUCAAUGAGCUCAGAAAAGAUGUAAAUAAACCUUAUUUGUGCUGACAAACUUGCAAAGUGAAAUGCU